CAGAAAAAAAUCCAAAAAAUCACCGCUCUUGCUUGAGUUUGGCUCAUGCACAUGGCAAAACAAGUGGAAACUGAAAAACAAAAACAACAGCAAUCGUUGGUUCGUUCGUUGCGUCGCUUGGAAGCACGGUUGUCGGACUUCGUUCGGUUAGUAUCCAAACAACAGCGUGGGAGGUUGGAUACGUCGCGUGCUUUGUAGACUAGUGGUGCAUCUGUGGCGCUUCUUCAGAUAAAGAGUUCUGUUUUCUCCGCACGGAUGUUCAUUCCUAACAUCGUUAGUGUCUGUAAAAUAAGAUCGAUGGUAUUUCUGCAUACCACCACACGGUCGGGCUACGAGCGGUAUUUAGACUUUCAACAGGUCGUCGCAUUCCGAGUGAUUGGUUAGUUUUGCUUCCUCUGAAAUUCAAACAUACCCUGUUGUAAUAGUCGUAAUAGUCUGCCAAAUCCAGUCACAGUCAAGAACCAAUUAUCCUAGAAAACCAGUGGACAGUGCUCGAUUAGUUUAUUCAAACGUCGUUUAAAGAUGCGCAGAUGAGAAGAAAAUAUAUAUUGGCCUUAUUGAGAAUUAUAGGCAGCAGAUUUUUGCAAACUAAUACAAUAACAUUAUCCUCAGAGUAAUUGUACUCGGUGGGUAAACGGAAGAUCUUAGUUUUUUUUUUGUGCGAGAAAGCGGAGUGCGAGCUAAAGUUAUCCGCUUGUAAAACAAAGUGAUGCAGAGUGAUAACAGCUGGAGCGAAAAUAAGAAUGUCAAUAAGCGUCGAAGUUCGAAAAUCAACCGUGAUUGGUUGGCAUAUGAAUGCCUUUGUGUGCUAAUUAUUUAUUCAUACGGCGUCAAUAAAUAACAGUGGUGGACGGUGUGCGGAAUCAAUUCAAAAAGGAAAGAAAAAAAAAAAUAGUGAGUGAUAAAUUUAUCUGUAUCUUGAAAUUCAAUUGACUACUGAGCGGAUAGCGUUGCUAUGGUGUCUUGUUUGACUCCCUGUAUGUAUGAAUAUUGAUCAUUGGGUCAUAACGUAUGUAGUUGGUAGUCAUCAUACGAUACUUUAACAGUAUUGGAGAGCUACUGUUGGCCACUGCAGCGUAGGUCCAAAAGCGCAACGAUUCGCCGCAAUGAUACCGCAACUGCAACCCAAACUGAAGCGAGCGAUGGAUAUGAUCUUGCCAUUGCCAUUGGAAGUGCGGCGAAAACGGCGACGCCAGAAUACCGAUCAGUAGUUAACAGUGCGCGAGCCCGGCUUUGUUGGUGUGGUGGCGAACCAUCAAAACUAAAGCAAAUCAUCUUUAGCUACUAUCAACAAACGGUUGUUCGUUAUAAAACGUGCUUUCGCGGUUUCUGGCAUUGAAAGUGAAAUGAAAGUGUAACCUAGCGUAUCUUAAGCCAAAAGAAAUAGGACGGUUUUUGUUGUGCACGGAGUUGAAUAAUGUAAAAGUGACAGAGAAAAGCCCGCGAAAAAGGAUUAAGCACUGGUUUGAAGAAGAAAAGACAAUUAUUCAAAAUUGUAGUUAAGGUGUGAAAUGAAUUUUGUGUUAAUGGUAGCGCUUAUUGUUGGUGUAAAGUAAGAAAUGCAUUAUUGAAAAGCUAGCAAAAAGUGAAAAAAAGAUCAUACGAAUGAGAGAGAGAGAAUAAAGCAGUUCGAUAAGGGAUUGUGAGCCGCGAAAAUGUUGAAAAUUCAGAUGCUCGAGCAAAUCGUUGCAAACGAGAACAUGGCUGAGGAUGAUCAGCUGGCUGUCGGAGGAAACGGACGAUCAGGAGGGGCUGCCUGUCUCAGCCCCUCCGGCAGUACUAUGGAUGACAAUGAGGAAACGAAAAGUCUGAAUCGCGGUAAUCGAUUAUCUCCUCAAGGACGGCAGCAUAUGGGCGGGUGGACCACGGCUGCAACGAACACCAAACAGAAUGGUCUGCCGACAACGCCGAGCAAAAGUGCCACCACCAGUCCGGACCGGCUCCGGGGGGCAACGCACGAUCUGUUUGAGCUGCUGGAACGUGUGCAAUGUUCACGAUUGGACGACCAGCGAUGUGUUCUUCCGUCGUACUUCACACAGAACUCCCGUGAAGAACGAAUCUCCAAUCCGCACGGUAACAACAAUGACGCGCCGAACAAUCUCACCGUUCAAAUUCCUCAACAAACUCGAACGCUCCUGCGGCACUCGAAUUCGAUGUCCUCGAAUCCGCACUCGAACUCCAGCUCGACGCCAGCCUCGCCGCAUCUACUUUCGAACAGCAGCAGUGGCCAGCUACAUCACACGCUCUCGAAUGGCAGCUCCCUGCACCAUCACCCACAAUAUCAAAGCCAAUCAUCAGUAAGUUCCCAAAGUUCGUCGAUCAUAUCCACAAUCCCACCGCUGCAGCGAUUACUAGAGGAUCACCUCAGUAAAUCAGCACCCUACCAGAUGAUCGUGAUACCGAAUAGCGGAGGUUACUGGGUAGAUGGUACCGAUCAUGAUGCCGGCUAUGACAUACCAUCGCAUACGACGUGGCGCGUAGGUAAGAUUGAGUCAGACGAUACGGCUAAAUGUUACCGACGGUUUUUCAUCUCUCGUGAACAUUCUAACCUGGUCGGACAUGACGAUCAACUGGGCCCAGUACUGCUCUCAAUUAAAUCGGAAAAUGUAGCAAGUCAGGAUCACAUUCGAUUACUUCUGCGAUUGCGAACAGGAACCAUGCAUGAAAUUAUUCCUGCAUCAUGUCUCGGUUCGAAUCCGUCUCCCAUCAAAAUGGCGCGGCUACUAAACGAACAGAUCAACGUGGAUAGUUUUAUGCCUGUACUGUGUCCUAAAGCUUCUACUCUGAUCGCUAGCUAUGACGAACACGUGCUAGUGACAAAUUUUAAAUUCGGUGUUCUGUACCAACGUUACGGUCAAACCGCUGAGGAAGAACUCUUCUGCAACAGUGAUACAACGCCAGCGUUCGAAGAAUUCCUCGAUCUUCUCGGUCAACGAAUACGACUACGUGAUCAUAAAGGCUAUCGUGGAGGGCUAGACAUUCAAAACGGCCACACUGGCGAUACUGCAGUGUACGAAGUGUUCAAAGAACGAGAGAUUAUGUUCCACGUAUCGACCUUGUUACCUUACACUGAAGGAGAUCCUCAACAGCUCCAACGGAAACGUCACAUUGGAAAUGACAUUGUGGCGAUUGUUUUUCAGGAAGAAAACACUCCAUUUUCACCGGCGAUGAUUGCGAGUCAUUUCCUUCAUGCUUUCAUUGUCGUUCAACCGUUGGAGCCUAAUACUCCCAACUGUCGGUAUAAGAUUUCAGUGACUGCCCGAGACGACGUUCCGUUUUUUGGACCGACGCUUCCUCAACCAUCAGUAUUCAAAAAGGGACCUGAGUUGAAAGAGUUUCUUUUGACGAAACUGAUUAAUGCUGAAAAUGCCUGUUAUAAAGCGGAUAAGUUCGCUCAGUUGGAACUACGUACCAGGACUUCUCUAUUGCAGAAUCUGGUCGACGAACUGAAGGAGAAAACGAGGGAUUUCCUUGGGGCUGAUUUAUUAGGAGCUCCCACCUCACCCACUCCGGAAACUCCCAAGUCCGAGAGCGGUUUCACCGGAUCACGGUUUAUCGAUACGGUCAAGAAAGCACUUAACGCUCGACUGCGAUCACAAAACUCCGACCAAACAAAUGGAGUUGAUUCUAACCCAAAGCAUCAAAACUCAAUCAAAAAGUCUAAGGACAUGUCUGAUGCCUCCUACGGAGCAGGACAGAAUAUCAACAUUGGUCGAUCGCUAUCGAAAAGCAGCACGACUGGUUCGAGAAAGUCGCCCAAUGACUCGGUUGCCUCAUCUCCAGACAUCACAUCUCGCUGUUCUCUAAAUCCAAACCCGAAUAACAACAACAACAAUAGCAACACAGCAAACAACAAUCAUGGUAGUCAUGGAGCAAAAACCCACUCGAAUAAUAAUAACAACAAUAACAAUAAUGGCCCAGUGGCAAUGUCAGAAACCAGUGAUGACUCCAGUCUAAACAGUGUUGAUCUCGAUCCGAUGGUUUUCCCAAAUGUAGAUGCCGGAGCAACCUACAUCGACAGCGAUACAGGGCUGGAAUCGAUGUCGUCCGCAGACGCAACCACCAAGGCCUGUUCGUUGUGCCUCGAUGGUGAUCGGGCGGAACGUUCCACGAACGGUGGAGGCAGUGUGAUUAGUGUCAGUGUCGGCACUGGAAGCACCGGUGGGGACAGUACCCGGGAUCAGCGAAGUAGCACCGGAAGCAGUGGAACGACUGCAGCAAACUGUACCGGGACUGGGGUUGUCACUGGCGCUGGCAACGUCGCCGUUGUUAACGGGAUCGGUGUUAUGCAAACACAGGAGUUACUGCAGCAGGUCGACGGAUUCAAGCAGGAAAUUACCCGUCUCAAGUGUGAUAAACUGGAUCUUUUGAGGCAGAAUGUGACUUGCCAGCGGGACAUCAAGCGAUUGAGAGAGCGAGAACUUUCUUUACAAGGGGAUCUUGCCGCAGCUGGUAAAGAAAUCCUUCGGCUACGGGAUCUACUGAAAGAAUACAUGCCCACAGUAGCUACGGAACCAAUGUAAUUCGGCAUCAGAACCGAGUAUACCAAAAAAAACGGAAAAAAGAGAUCACCCACUAUCAUUACUUACUGCAAAACUGCUGUGUAGUACACAAUAUGGAGCAUUACUGAUUACUGAUUAACGUUGUUCACCCACCAGGUGUUCGAGUAUCGAAAACAGAAUAGAAACCCUCCGGCCAAUGGCCAUCGAUCGAAUAGGAACGCAAUCUCAUCCUCACAUUUUCAUAUGUUUGUUUUUGUGGAACUACUUCUUUUAACAACUACUCAUUAGACAUUGACCCUUAUUCUUGUUUUUGUACGAGUCACAUUUGUACGAAAGUAUCAAAAGUUCGCAUUCCUAUUUUCGUUCGAAUCAAAACGAAUGUUCGAAUACCGCUUUAUUUAAUACAUUUGAAAAUGCAAAAAUACGUACGAGUAUCGGAUACGACCGAAAAACAAAAAAAAAAUAAGGGUAAUUAUUUUUUCCUAUAAGGUUUAUUUCUCUAGUUAAUUAAAAGAGGAAGACAAGUUAUACGUUUCGUGUAAAAAGUUUGUUUAUACAGUAUACUAUUAUUUAUUUCACAGCUUUUCCGUAACUAUUUAGUUUGUAUUGAGUACUCUGGUCCUUUUUACCUCAUUUCUCGGUUCUCAAUUUUUGUUUGUUAACCUUUCUCGGAAAAAAAAACAUCAGAAUAGAGAAAAAAGAGGGACACUUCUAAAUAAGCUAUUUGAUGUUGCACAUUGAACUACAACCAGUUGUUGGUACCCUUAUUGAGCCUGAAAACAGCACUCUAGUUGACACUUAAUAAAAACGAAAAUUUGUAAAUAAACGUGUUUGACCUGCUGUCCUUCAUCACAGUGAUAACGGAGAAAAGGGAAUGCCCUCUCGCGUACACUGGAACUGAAAUUAGGAUCAGUUACUUUUUCUUUGGUCUUUGACUGAAAGUAGGACAAAAAAUGCGCUGUAAAUGUCAAUUACCAGAUAUAUUUAUACUACACUGUACGCGUAGAUGCAUUAGCGAGUAAAUCAUGUUUAGAAAACUUAUAUAUUACAAGACCGGACUAAGCGUUGAAUCAAAGCAGAGAUACUUUAAAACAAAAUGUUGUUCAUUUUAAGUGUAAAGUCAAAGGAAAAUUUUAAAACGGGCUAUUAUUAGUAGAUCGUGCUUUUUACGUUAUGAGAAGCGGGUGUUUUAUUUGACAAAAGUGAUGGCAAACCAAAACAAACCAAAAAACAAAAGAGAAAACUCUAUACAUGCAGGAAAUAACCAAUCCAAGUGACGAUAAGCUCGCUGUAACCCAACAGAUGUUUUCUCUAGCUUUUAGUAAAUACCCACUAGUUUACCCAGAUUAAAUAUUAAUGUAUAAAUGCAUUGAUGCAAAAAAGUUUAACCUUUACACGUGCAAUACAACAUAACUUCAACGACUAAGGGGAAACAAGAAAUCACUGUGCGAAAUCUUUCUGGCCUUAGCGUGAAUUAAAAAAAAAAAGAAAAUUCACGAAAUAGAACGCUUUUGGUACCCUAAGACUACACUAAUACCUGUUUUAGAUGAAAUCUUUAUCAAGACAUAACUACAAACUGUGCGAAUUAUACUGCCUUCAAUAUAAAAUUUUUGUACGAUGAAAAGUUGUUCCCGAUUAGGCGAAAUGUUACAAAAAACUGCAACCGUGACCAGAAGUACUUUCAAACUGUUUCUGUCUAACCCUGAAGGAGUUAGUGACACAUAAAGAAUUGAUACCAAAGUUAACAACAUUCCCAAAAAAUCUACACAUUCAUAGAAUCUCUGCUUUUACUUUCACAUUGGAAAAAACAGUGUAAGUCAAUAUGAAUGUUAGAAGAAGAAAAAUAAACUAACUAAAAACCUAAAAUGUGCACACAGCAUAAACACACAACAGCACGUAGAACGCAACAUAAUUUGAUGUCAGUGAGCAGACAAAAAUACAAAAAAAAACAACAACAAAAAUAUCCAGUGUUAUAAAUAAAACAUUUCUGUCUAAAUAAAGCUGAAGCUGAUUAUUGGCAACAAGAAAAUGAAACAGUACAUCUUUACCCAUUCAUAACAAGACGGUAAUGCAAGCAAAGUAAAUUCAAACGCGGGCUUCUCUUACAAGCGUGACGGAUGAAAUGAACAUGAAAUCUAUAUAUUUAAAAAAAUGUAUUAGAAAGAAACAAAAAAGUUAA